CAUUAAGCUGCCGAACUAUCCAACGCUGAUCGGCAGUACUCUUUCCUUUCAGAUUAUGCGCAGCCUUUUUUAGGACAUGUACAGAGGUACAAUGUUUACCAACAAGCUGCUGACCCUGGUGCUGGUGGUGCAGCCUGGACGGGUGCUGCUGGGCAUGAAGAAGAGAUGGUUCGGAGCAGGGAAGUGGAAUGGGUUUGGUGGCAAAGUCCAACCUGGGAGACUAUUGAAGAGGCUGCCAGGCGAGAUGAGGCCACAGUGGUUCGACUCGGACAAGAUACCCUUUGGUCAAAUGUGGGUUGACGAUAUUCUGUGGUUUCCACUGAUGCUUCAAAAGAAGUUAUUUGGCUACUUCAAGUUUCAGGGUCAUGACUUGAUCAUCGAUCACAAGUUAGAGGAGGUAGAAAAGCUUUAACACCGACUACAGGCCUCGGACUCAUUCAUACUGUAUCAAAGAGCAUUCCCACAUGUUGUCUACCUGAAACAUCUCUGGAGAAAUACUGCAAAAUUCCUACUGAUUCCAGCUACCCUUGAAUGCAGUGUGCUCUUUAGUAAAGAAUGCACCUCCUUUUUUUGUUACUUAAUUAUUUUUUCUUGGGCCUCUAUAACUAUAUCUAUUGGUUUUUUUUGCGAAUUGGAUUGA